AUGAGGGGUGCUGUAGCUCUGCUGGUGUUGCUGUUCUGUCUGUCUGGGUCAUGGACUCAGGAGGAGAGUGGAGGGGUCAGAGAGAGUGAUGUCACUCAACAGGGUCACAGUGCAGGGAGAGAGAGCAGGGUGAGUGAGGUUCAGAUAGAGAGACGAGGGACCGAAGCUACAGAGACGACCAACGAACAGACCACCACCCCUGACAUCGGGACUGAGAUGAAGGAGCUGAGAGACAUGGUGCACAACCUGGGAACCAUCGUGGUGGAGCAGAGAGAGAAGCUGAGGAACAUGGAGGCCAGAGUGACAGCCAGUGAGGCUGAGGCGAAGGAGCAGAGAAACACAGUAGUGGACCUUAGAAGCCACCAUGGGGACGCUGAAGAUAAAGAACCCAGGUGAUUUAACACGUAUGGUUGUAAAGGUGUAAAUUGAAGGAAAUAAGUCAGUCACAGUGUCCCACUGUUUAUAAUGACUUGAGGAAGGGUUAACAUUGUUUCAUGUUGGAUGUAAAGUUACUGGUGACUCUUGGUGUGAAUAUGUCUGUUGUUUUCAGGCCUGGAGGCCAGACGGUUCCAAUGAGAGCCAGGUGGAGGAGCUAA